GGUGCGCGUCGACGAAGCCCGGGAAGGCAGGUGCGCGGGUUAGAACGCGCCAGAGGUCGGCGCGCGCGCACGCGCACCGCCCCGACCUCAGGUAGCGAGGCCAGUGAUUCGGAGUGUGUGAGGAGCGGCAGUGGCUGGGGAGGAGGGGGCGGCGUGGGUGGGGGCGGGGGCGGGAUGCGCUCCCUGGCCCCUCUAGCCCCGUGGCGGUACAACGCGAAGGUGUGGGAAGGCCGCGAUAAACCGGAACUGCAGCCAGCCGGACACCUCCGGCUUCACUUCCGGAAAAGGAGAGGCGUGUACGGGAAGGGGCGGGAACUGGAACUUGGCCCGCCUCGUUGUGAGCUGAGCUCCGCGGCACGCUCUUGUGGCGUCAUUGCACUGUUACCCCGCCCUACGUGUCUCCGACGCUGACACCUUCGCACUGUGAAACGUCGCAACCUGUGACCUCUUGGGGGCGCCUCAAGUCUUCAACUGCAGCAUGGGAUCCCGGAAAGGCAGCGUCGGAGACUGGACCCAAAACUCUUCCUGUUCUGCCUGCAGAGCUGAGCCCCGUCCGGGUCCUGCACCCGCGUGGUACUGACCCUGGAUCCCUGUUCACUGCGUUCUCGCUUCCCGCGCUGCCUUCUGGACCGCGGGAUGCCGGGCAUCUCCGCUCGAGGCCUCUCUCAUGAGGGGAGGAGGCAGCUAGCUGUUAACCUUACCCGUGUCCUGGCGCUCUACCGUUCCAUCCUGGAUGCCUACAUCAUCGAAUUUUUCACGGACAACCUGUGGGACACACUCCCUUGCUCAUGGCAGGAAGCACUGGAUGGACUGAACCCACCACAGCUGGCCACAAUGCUGCUGGGGAUGCCUGGGGAAGGGGAGGUCGUCAGGUACAGGUCAGUGUGGCCACUCACCCUGCUGGCCCUGAAGUCCACAGCCUGUGCCCUGGCCUUUACCCGGACGCCUGGCUUUCAGACCACCUCAGAGUUCCUGGAGAACCCCAGCCAGAGCUCCCGACUAACAGCUCCAUUCCGGAAACAUGUCAGGCCCAAGAAGCAGCAUGAGAUCCGGAGGCUGGGAGAGUUGGUGAAGAAGCUGAGUGAUUUCACAGGCUGCACCCAGGUUGUAGACGUGGGCUCAGGCCAGGGCCAUCUCUCCCGCUUCAUGGCUCUUGGCCUGGGGUUGAUGGUGAAGAGCAUCGAAGGGGAUCAGAGACUGGUGGAGAGAGCCCAGCGCCUGGACCAGGAGCUUCUGCAGGCUCUGGAGAAAGAGGAGAAGAGGAACCCACAGGUGGUCCAAACCAGCCCUCGUCACUCCCCACACCAUGUGGUUAGGUGGGUAGACCCCACAGCCCUGUGUGAGGAGCUUCUGCUUCCACUGGAGAACCCGUGUCAGGGCAGGGCCCGCUUGCUGCUCACAGGCCUCCACGCCUGUGGGGAUCUGAGUGUUGCCUUGCUGAGGCACUUCUGCUGUCCUGAGGUGGUGGCCCUGGCCUCAGUGGGCUGCUGCUACAUGAAGCUGAGUGACCCUGGCGGCUACCCACUGAGUCAGUGGGUGGCUGGGCUGCCUGGCUAUGAACUGCCCUACAGGCUUCGGGAGGGGGCCUGCCAUGCCCUGGAGGAGUAUGCUGAGCGGCUACAGAAAGCUGGCCCUGGCCUCCGAACUCACUGCUACCGUGCAGCACUGGAGACAGUCAUCCGACGGGCCCGGCCCGAGCUCCGUCGGCCAGGCGUGCAGGGUAUCCCCAGGGUCCACGAGCUCAAGAUUGAAGAAUAUGUGCAGCGGGGGCUACAGCGAGUGGGGCUGGACCCCCAGCUGCCACUGAAUCUGGCUGCCCUUCAGGCCCACCAGGCCCAGGAGAACCGUGUGGUGGCCUUCUUCAGCCUGGCUCUACUGCUUGCCCCACUGGUGGAGACGCUUAUUCUACUGGACCGGCUGCUGUACCUUCAGGAGCAGGGUUUCCAUGCUGAGCUCCUGCCCAUCUUCAGUCCUGAACUCUCUCCCAGAAACCUGGUUCUGGUGGCCACCAAGAUGCCCCUGGGUCAGGCUCUUUCUAUUCUGGAGACUGAAGACAGCUAAUGCAGCCUGAGGACACAUCUCAGACCCCAUCAUCUGAAAGUGCCCAGAUAGCACAGUGGCAGAGUACACCUCAUACAGAGAAGCAGCAUCCUGCAUCCUCCUGAGUCAUGGUUCCUUCAGUAUCAUCCCCUUUCUCUCCCUCCAUGGAUUAUGUAAUACAGUGUAAAGUUUUAAUUUAUUAAAAAUUAGAAAUGUUUGUUUCCUUCCCA